GCGCCAAAUGUGAGUCAAGGGCACUUCAACGACCUCGAGACCACAUGCGAUUAUCCCUGGGAUUUACUGUCGCGAACUCACGCUACAGCUGAUUGCUAUCAAUCACUUUCAGGUAGGACUAUACUAUACAAACAACCUUAGGAGAUUUUAAGGAUAACUUCUAGAUCAACCAAUCAAAAUUAGAAUAAAAAAAACAUAAAAGAAAAGCACUUGCUGCUUGUCAGCAAUUUGUAUGGUUCGGUUGACGAUUCUGAUGUCUCCAGGGUGUCUGAAAGCCUCCAAUCUUCAGGUAUCAAGUUCAGCUUGAUUGGCUGUGACUUGAAGAAGAGUAUUAAUGUAACACCUGAAAAUCGAGAUGAACCUGGACCAUCUCAUGCCGUUUCUCAUCACCUCCAUCACUCACCAAAAACUAGACCUUCCAUUUCUUUUUUAGCUGAACUCUGGGAUCAACUAAAUGGAGAAUCAUAUGACUUUAGGUAGGUUAGUAGCGCCAUUUAUCUGAUUUAAAGCUAAUAAUUGUUUAGGCCUAGAUAUUUACAUACUACCCUUUGUGUUCAGCCGAGCCAUUCAGUCGUAAGUAAUGAGGUUAGGUACAUAAUUUUAGAGGGUUUAAUUAAACAAUCAGAUUAUGAACUUGUAGCUGCUCUGAUGGUUUGGUCAUGAAAAAUGUGUAGAAAGUCACCGUCUAUUUCGACGUAGGAUGUAGGUCGAAGCAAGAUUAUGUUGGACAGUAGCAUAGAAAGCAGAUCUAGACACCAUACCAGUCUAUAAGUCUGUUGGUUGUUCUUUCGAGUCACCCAUUUUGUAGACCUUUUAAAUAGCGCCUUCGGAGUAGCGAAAACCGAUGAGCGGGGAUCCGGCUUAGUGGCACGUCCCAAAACGAAUCACAGUGGUACAAACUUUCGUCUUUUAAAUUUUGAAAACUACUGAAUAUCCCAGUACUUCUUAGAUCCUUCACACAAGUUGCGUCUACCAUUCGAAUUAAUGUGAAACGACAAAAUCAUCAAGGCUCAUGAGUAUUUAACUGAGAUAUAAAAAUAUAACAGUUGAAGGGUAUUAAUGAAGUGUUGCAUGAUCUAUUUCUUAAAACUAAGUAGAGUGAUAGUUUCAUGAAUCUUAAACCGAUCAGUGUAACCCUCCAACUAUCACGAGAAACAGAAGUAACUAGCCGUGUGAAGCACCACUUCAAGUGGUCUUCAUCUACGUAGGAUCAUGUUGAGUAGUUGGAUUAUAAAAAAGCUCGUAAUACAAAAUUCUACUGCAACGAUAAGACUAAGAAAUAUAAAUUAAGUGAUCGAUACCCAAGUACUUUACUCUCGAUUGUUAAUUCAGUUGACAUGGACUAGUCGUUAAGUAACAUUUAUCUUGAUGAAGAAGAAAGCAUCCCGAACGUGCUUGCAUCGUUCUCAAAGGCGGUUAUAAGACAAUGCUUUGUCAGCGUUUUCACCAAACAACUGUAUCAUGUUCAUAUCUUAAGUAAACAAUUGGCGAAUAGCGAGUAUUUGGUCUACACUUAAGUCUGAAGUCAGCGUAGUUUUUCAGAGUUUGCUCUUCGCGAGCCCUACUUAAGGUCUACAUGAUUAUGGAGAGUAAUAUUUUAGGCACUAUAUUAGUCCAACUGGUCUCUCUGUGGUUGUCACCAGGAUUUUUGUAUCUUCCUAUAAACUAGAACGGUCAGUGAUCAUGAACUGUCAGGUGAGAUUACGUCAUGUUCCCAGACUAUAGCUAAUUUCUCAUCCCAUCUAGUAUCUGAAAUUGGAUCACCAUGCUUAAGCCAUUUGGUCGGAGAUGAUUGGUUCAUCUACGACUUGUCGGACAAUUCCCCAACUCCACAGAAAAAAUUCAGUCGUCGACUCUGUUGUGAAGUAGCUUGGGUCAUUAGUUACUCUACCUUCUAAUAUGUAAGACCCUGCUGUCUUUUUGCCUUAAGAAUACCUUUACUUCAACAGUUUUAGUUUUAGCUCAUAUAUUGGCUAGAAUUUUUUAUAGUCCCUUCAGUAUUAGGUGUGGUAUGUAUGUAUUGAGACACACUUUUACUAAAUGAUGUUAUUUCUGUUUUCUUAAGUGAUGCAGUCACUGCAUUGAGUAUAUUCGAAACCCGUAGCGUUUUGCAACGUGGUUGGAAUGUAAGUUUGCAAAUUGGCGAUUCUAUCACUAUCCCAGUUGUCGGCUAUACAUAUAUAAAAGAGGCUCAUCCACCAACCAUGAGGAUAAUGUACGCUCCAGAUCCUACUCUUCCACUGCGCGCUGUUACAAAAUAUCGUACACAGGAUCCAGAUCCUUGCGAUUUAAACUCUUCUGAAGUUACUCGAGGUUAUCGGUAUGGUGGGACUGUAGUCCCCUUUGGUGAAGAAGAUAUGGCCUCCAUAAAACCCCCUUCAGAAAAGUGUUUCAGCGUUAUUGGAUUUACGAGUGCUGACAAUAUCCCUCAUAACUUUUACACCGGUGAAAGCGUGUUGGUUUUUGUUGCUCAAUCAGUCAAACAAUCUGAAGACGAUGUAACCAAUCGUCCAUCCUGUCCAACAGCUCUGGCAGCGUUGGCUCAAGCACUUUAUGAGGUUAGCGGUGUCGCUCUUGUCCGGAGAGUGUACAAUCAAUCAAGUGCUGCUAGACUAGGAGUUUUAACUCCAGAAAUUCAUGGUGAUCAGAUAUCGCUCAUGUAUACUGAUAUAGCGUUUAGUGAAGAUAUUCGCGAUCUGAAACUCCCAAGUUUACCAGUUUCCUGUGAGCCUUCGACUUCUACUACGGAAUGUUUUGUUAAGUCUUCAAACACUAUGAAAUUAAGUAAAAAUUGUCCAUCUCAGGAACAGUUGUCAGCUAUGGAUUCUUUUAUUAAUUCCAUGAUGUUAAAUUAUUCAGAUGGAAGUGAUGAUGAUGAUGAUGAUGAUGAUAAUAAUAAUGAUAGCGGUGGUGUACUCAAAAAGAGAGACGAAAACGACGUGGAAAAUCCUUCAUCAAGCAGGAUCUUAAAAGUUCAACGGAUAUCAAACCCUUGGAUUCAACGUUUCUUUGCCUGUCUUAGAAAACGGGGUCUUGAUCCAUCAGUACCACUUCCGAUUUCAAAGCAAUCAGAUUCUUCUGAUGUUUGGCUGUCACCUGAAAUGUUUCCUGGUUUGGAGGAAAUCAUCACACAAAUCAAUACAGAUUCCGAAACUGCAUCUCUAAUUGAAUCCCGUAAUAUUCUUCUUAAUUCAUUUCCACCUCUUCGUCCUGCUAGUGAUCCAGUAGAUUUGACAGAAGAAUUUUUGGCGAAAAGACGGCGUUUAACGGAUGAAGAAUCUUACGCUACUUCUUCGUUCACGAAAGAAGUAGACAGUGGAUAUCCAACCGAACAACUGACCCCAAUUUCUGAAUUAACUAGCACACCGGCGUCAAAUUCCAUUCAAAUAAACUCAGUUCAGGAUUUUGAAGACCUAAUCUGCCAACAACAAACUGAAGUUGCUUGUAGACUUUUGGAGAAAGAAAUAAUUCGACUGGUGACCGAUCCCUUCACUGCAACUUUAUUGCGUCCAAAAGCUAUCGCUUACCUGUUCGCUUAUCGUAGGCGUGCUCAGCCAAAUAGAGAAAUCGUCAAUAAUAGUAAUGAAAACAAUCAUAUUAAUGAUACUACAUGCAACAGCAGCACAUGUCAUCUUGAAAUUGCUCGAGCAUAUAACUCAUUUAUUCGUAGUUGGCGCCAGGAUCUUAUAGAUCGUAAUCUCCUCGGAAGUAGUGUCUUAUCUCAACAUGCUUCUAAUGAUAGCAAGUUGUCGUUUUGGCUGGAAACAAUUACACAAGGUUUCGGUCUUUUGUGCAAUGAAGAUAUCCCAGAAAUCGGAGUUAGUCAGUCAGAAAAUCGUGAGUUUUUGAACUUGGAGGAUAUUGCAAUGUCUCAUUUUGCUGAAACAAAAAGUGAUCAGCCUGUAUCUCCCGACCGUGUUCUCAAAGUUGAGUAUUUGAUGGAUGACACAGAUUGAAAUUUUCCGUUGUUGUUGUUGUUUUAAUCGCUUACAAUCACACAUAUUAUGGGUGACCUAUUUUCUUGAUCAUAUCAGUCAUAUUUUGUAAUCUAUUUUCUUUCCUUCAUAAAAGUUUUACGUUAUUGAUUGUAUGUAUAUAGAGUAACUACACAAUUAAAUACAUAUUUCUCAAAA